UUCACUUUGACAGCAACAGUUUGGAUCACUGUGUCUGAGUCUGGGAUCUUUAUCUGUGAGUGGAGGAACUGGUUGAUCAACAGUACAGGAUCUGCAGUCUGGAGAUGUUGUUCAGAGUUGACAGAUCUUAAACGCACCACAGAGAAGCUCUGAACUUGAAAUCCUCGAAGAGAUUUUCUCUUUUGUUUGUAAUUGAAAGUAUUUAUGAAAGUAGCACUCUUUUCCAGUGCUCACUAAAAUACUUCUUUGAGAGUAAUGAGUGAUGGCUCUUCAGGAGAUCAGUGAGAUCUUCACACACAGACCCUCGGCCUUCUCUGCUGCUGUGCUGCUUCUAACACUCGUCCUCUGCAGAGGAAAAUCUCAUCUGGUGUGUCCAUCUCAGGUUGUAGCCAUGAUGGGUGAUGAUGUUGUUCUUCCAUGUCAGCUUAAACUUGCUGUUGAUACUAACUCUGAGACUGUGAACUGGAUCAAACCUGGUCUGGACCCAAAUGUUGUCCACCUUCAUUUUGAUGGACAGCUGGUGUUUGAGAACCAACAUCCAUCUUAUCACUUUCGUACUCGAGUCUUUGAGGAUGAACUGAUCAAAGGGAACGUCUCCCUUAAAAUAUUCAAAGUGAAACUCUCUGAUGAAGGAACGUACAGAUGCUCCAUUCCCUGGAUACGUGAAGAAGCUUCCAUUGUUCUCACUGUUGGGUCAGCAUCUACACCCGUCAUAAAGGUGAUGUCAAUUGUCAGCAGCAGGGUGGUGUUACAGUGUGAGUCUGCAGGCUGGUAUCCAGAGCCUGAGCUGCUGUGGUUGGACGGUGAGGGAAAGCUCCUCUCUGCUGGACCUACAGAGACCCUCAGAGGUCCUGAUGACCUCUAUACUGUCAGCAGCAGAGUGACUGUGGAGAAGAGACACAGCAACAACAUCACCUGCAGAGUCCAACAGAGGAACACCAACCAGAGCAGAGAGACACACAAACAUGUUCCAGGAAAAUCUCAUCUGGUGUGUCCAUCUCAGGUUGUAGCCAUGAUGGGUGAUGAUGUUGUUCUUCCAUGUCAGCUUAAACUUGCUGUUGAUACUAACUCUGAGACUGUGAACUGGAUCAAACCUGGUCUGGACCCAAAUGUUGUCCACCUUCAUUUUGAUGGACAGCUGGUGUUUGAGAACCAACAUCCAUCUUAUCACUUUCGUACUCGAGUCUUUGAGGAUGAACUGAUCAAAGGGAACGUCUCCCUUAAAAUAUUCAAAGUGAAACUCUCUGAUGAAGGAACGUACAGAUGCUCCAUUCCCUGGAUACGUGAAGAAGCUUCCAUUGUUCUCACUGUUGGGUCAGCAUCUACACCCAUCAUAAAGGUGAUGUCAGUUGUCAGCAGCAGGGUGGUGUUACAGUGUGAGUCUGCAGGCUGGUAUCCAGAGCCUGAGCUGCUGUGGUUGGACGGUGAGGGAAACCUCCUCUCUGCUAGACCUACAGAGACCCUCAGAGGUCCUGAUGACCUCUAUACUGUCAGCAGCAGAGUGACUGUGGAGAAGAGACACAGCAACAACAUCACCUGCAGAGUCCAACAGAGGAACACCAACCAGAGCAGAGAGACACACAAACACGUUCCAGGUAAUAAUGACUCACAUACAACAUAA